AGCGACGACCCCGCCAAAAACUUUUGGAAGACAUUCAAGGAACGCCCACCCGCCUUGACGACGACGACGACCUUCUUCUCCCCGUACGAGCUUGGACAUUCCUCCUUUGAGCUGCCCUCCGAAAUCUCAGACUCCGACGGCCCCCGCAUCUCACCCAAAAAAAAUUAAAAAAUGACGUCCCAACUCCCCGCCUACAAGCAAGACUUCCUCAAGGCCGCCAUCGACGGCGGCGUGCUCAAGUUCGGCAGCUUCGAGCUCAAGUCGAAGCGGAUAUCGCCCUACUUCUUCAACGCGGGCGAGUUCCACACGGCGCGCCUCGCCGGGGCCAUCUCGUCGGCGUUUGCGCAGACCAUCAUCGACGCGCAGCAGCGCGACGGCCUCGACUUCGACAUCGUCUUUGGCCCGGCCUACAAGGGCAUCCCGCUGUGCUCGGCCAUCGCCAUCAAGCUCGGCGAGCAGGCGCCGGCCAACCUCGACCGCGUCUCGUACUCGUUUGACCGCAAGGAGGCCAAGGACCACGGCGAGGGCGGCAACAUUGUCGGCGCGCCACUCCGGGGCAAGCGCGUGCUCAUCGUCGACGACGUCAUCACCGCCGGCACCGCCAAGCGCGACGCCAUCGACAAGAUCCGCAAGGAGGGCGGCAUCGUCGCCGGCAUCGUCGUCGCCCUCGACCGCAUGGAGAAGCUCCCCGCCGCCGACGGCGACGACUCCAAGCCCGGCCCCAGCGCCAUCGGCGAGCUGCGCAAGGAGUACGGCAUCCCCAUCUUCGCCAUCCUGACCCUCGACGACAUCAUUGCCGGCAUGCAGGGCUUCGCGACCGCCGAGGACGUGCAGCGCACCGAGGAGUACCGCCGAAAGUACAAGGCGACGGACUGAGAGGUGGUUUUUUUCCCCAAUGGUUGCUGUACAUAGGGCAUCUAUAGGUAGAGAGAGGGUGGGUAUAGUUGUAGCCGCCUUGUGGGAGAGACGUAGGAAAAAGGUCAGCCGAACGAGGGGUCUAAGAACCAAAGAUUUCUCUCGAUAAAUCAGGCCUAUAAAAAUUUGGGUCGCGCCGUUUCAUAAUAGACAAGGGACGGCUGCGUGAGGUAUGUGUGUACCUGGCGUCGGGUAGGGAUUGCGUCGGGCACACACCACUGCGUUGCGUCGGCCAUGUCUCGUCAGUCUCGUCAGGUAUGUUUUGUCGGGUCAGGACCUGUGCGUGGGAGUGAUGGAGAGGGUGGUGCAAUGACAUAUCAUGCAGAAGUGGUGAACCACCACGACAGCCGUGCCGGACACGUCCGCAAUGAGCUGGUGAAAGCUCACAUUCAACGUCUACAACACCUGUCUCGAUGCUCACCAGAAGGCGUUUCAGAGAACCAGACGAUACAUCUUGAUGAACCAAAACACUUUCAUUAUUCACUACUACUUAUAAGCGGACCGCCGUCCGUCACGCCAGGCCUACGGGCUUGGGCUCCAGCUCGACUUGCAACGGCGCGUUGGCGGCCGCCAGCCCGGUAAACUUGCCCGUCACGUGGGGGUCCGGGCCGAUGAAGUCGUUGGGGAAGCCAAUGUCGAAGCUGGUGACGCCCUCGAGGAACUCGACCUGGGCCGGGGUCAACUUGAUGCUCAGGGCGCGGAUGUUGUCGUCGAGAUGCUCGAUCUUGCGGCCGCCGACGAGGGGGAAGACGUUGUGCGCCUUGGCCCUGACGUAGGCGAGGGCGACGGCGGUGAUGGACUCGACGCCGAGCUCGCG